GCAUGCGGCGGAGAGGAAGAUGGCGGCGCCCGUGGAAGUCUGUCACGUUGCGUGUUGCGCCAGUCGGUCGGGCGGCGGGGUCGUGUCCUGGGGGCGAGGGGGGCUCCUCGCCUUCGGCAGCUGCCGCGAUGUUGUCCUCUACGAGCCGGCGAUGAGGCGGGUGGCCGCCGCCCUCCGCGGGCACGGCGGCAGGGUGAACUGCGUGCGCUGGGUCCGUCGGCGGGACGGCGCUUCUGAAACGGAGUUAAUUUCUGGUGGAUCUGAUAAACAGCUCAUUCUUUGGGAAUGGAAUGGAACAGGAGCAUGGAAUGAUCAGCUUGUGAAAAGCGUUCCUCUCAAAGGCCAUGCUGAAGCUGUUUGUGCUGUGGAUGCUGUCUACCAGUCAGAUGAACCUGAUUUAAAUCUGCUAAUAGCUUCUGCAGCUUCUGACUCUACUGUGAGAAUCUGGUCUCGGCAAGGUUCAGAAGCUAAAUGCAUUGAAAUUCUGCAGUUUGGAAAUGGAUUUGUUAUGGAUGUCUGCUUAUCUUUCUUGCCUGGCAGCAAUGUACCAAUACUGGCUUGUGGUGGUGAUGACUGCAAAAUAAGUUUGUUUAUACAGCAGAAUGAUCAGUUUCAGAAAACGUUAAUGCUGCCUGGCCAUGAAGAUUGGAUAAGAGGCAUUGAGUGGGCAGCCUAUGGUGCAGACCUUUUCUUAGCGAGCUGUUCUCAGGAUUGUUUGAUCAGGAUUUGGAAAGUGUGUAUGAAAUCAAAGCAACUUCCAGAAACUGAAGAUGAUUCCAUAAGACUGAAAGAGAAUGUUUUUACUGUCAAAGAUACUGAUACAACAUACGCAGUUACUUUGGAGUCGGUGUUGGCUGGUCAUGAAAACUGGGUGUAUGCAGUUCACUGGCAACCUUCAUUUUUCAAAGAUGGCAGCAUGCAACAACCAAUGCGGAUAAUGUCUGCAUCAAUGGACAAAACUGUGAUCAUCUGGGAACCUGAUAAGGAAUCUGGCGUCUGGCUAGAACAGGUGCGUGUAGGUGAAGUGGGUGGCAAUACCCUUGGAUUUUUUGACUGCCAGUUUAGUCCAGAUGGUUCAAUGAUAGUUGCUCAUGCUUUUCAUGGAGCAUUACAUCUUUGGAAACAGGCUACAGGUGAUAAGAAAGAAUGGACUCCAGAAGUGGUGAUUUCAGGACAUUUUAACAGUGUAGAGGAUGUACAGUGGGACCCAGAAGGAGAGUUUAUCAUCAGUGUUGGUUCUGAUCAAACUACUAGACUCUUUGCUCCAUGGAGAAGAAAACAAGAGACAGAGGUAACCUGGCAUGAAAUUGCAAGGCCUCAAGUACACGGAUACGACAUGCGUUGUCUGGCAAUGAUCGGCCGGUUUCAGUUUGUAUCAGGAGCAGAUGAAAAAGUGCUUAGAGUUUUUCGUGCUCCCAAGAAUUUUAUAGACAAUUUCAGUAACAUCACUGGUAUUCCAGUGGAGAAGCUGUGCUCCCACCAACCAUCUGAUCUUCCAGAAGGUGCAACUGUGCCUGCUUUGGGAUUAUCCAAUAAAGCUGUUUUUGAAGGAGAUAUGGCUGUUCAACCAGCUGAGGAUGAAGAAACAUUUAAUACCAUUUCGAAUCAGUAUCCUGAGAUUUAUUUUCAACCCUUGAUCCUUACAGAGCCUCCUCCAGAGGAUCACUUGCUGCAGAAUACCUUGUGGCCUGAAAUUCAGAAGUUGUACGGACAUGGAUAUGAAAUUUUUUGUGUUGCUUGCAAUAGUUCAAACACUCUAAUUGCCUCAGCAUGUAAGGCUUCCAAAAAAGAACAUGCAGCAAUUAUUCUGUGGAGCACUGCUUCUUGGAAGAAACUGCAGAGUUUGUCAUUUCACAAUCUGACUGUUACCCAGCUGGCAUUUUCUCCUAAUGAGAAAUUUUUGUUAGCGGUUUCUAGAGACAGGAAUUGGUCACUGUGGAGGAAACAAGACUCAUCAGAGUCAGGACCAUUCUUCAGUUGCUGUGCAUACACAGACAAAAAUACAGCUGUUCACAGUCGAAUCAUUUGGUCUUGUGACUGGACACCAGAUAGCAAGUAUUUUAUUACUGGCAGUCGGGACAAAAAGGUCAUUAUAUGGGGCAAUUGUGAUUUAUCUGUGAAUACUGAAGGGAAUAUGUUGAAUUCAAUCAAGCCUUGUUCAGCAGUACUGGAUGCUGGAGAUUCUGUUACUGCUGUUAGUAUCAGCCAUGUGCUUACUCCUGAUGGAAGAUAUAUUGUUGCAGUAGGCUUAGAGAAUGGGAAGAUUACAUUGUACACAUGGAAGCAGAGUGGGCAAGAACCAGCAGUAGCUGACUGGACCACGUGUGUUGAGAUGGAUAACAGUCAAAGUCAUGCUCUUGCUGUGAAACGUUUAUGUUGGAGACAUCAUGCAGGCAGAGCUGGACAUAAUGAUCAGAACAGCAGUGAGUGGUUGCAGCUUGCAAGUUGUGGAGCUGAUCACUGUGUUAAGAUAUUCAAUGUCAACAGAUUUGCUGUUUAGCAAAGGCAGCUGGCCUGUCUUUGCAGAAUGGAUUCACAACAUUUUAUUUCAGCUUUUAGCCAUUUUGGUUGUUGAAUUUUCUGCUUUCUGCUGUGGAAAGUGAAGCAUCUGACAUGUAACUUAUUAAAGCAACUUUCAUGGUAGUUUGAAAUGUCAAAUAUUUUUUUUUAAUUCUGCAGUUCCAGAAAUAUGAAGUAUUUUAUAUGUUUUGGUUGGUGGAUAUCCUGGAACUGAGGGAUGGGAGGUGGGGUAGGGUGUGGGAGAAAGAUAAUGAGACAGCUUUGUUCACUGUGACUCCAAGGGUAGGUGGGAAGCUGCCGGUACUUGUGUAGUUCUGUGCUUGGGGUUGCAAGUGGAACACUGAAUUUUUUUGGAACUCUUCAUUCCUGUUAAACGUACCUGUCAGUCAGCCUGCCAGGGCUGACACUGUGUGUUUAAGCAUGUGCAGAGAUCAGAGUUAAUAUACAGGUUUCUCUGAUUGCCUUCUGAAUGUAUAUUACAGCCCUGGUCCAAGUCUUACAGCUCCUUAUUUUCAAAGGAGUAGUUUGUGUUUGCAUGCCUGGACAGGCCUGCUUGUUUAUUUUUAUUCCUUUCUUCUGCUAUGCAGAGUGCUGGGCUCAUGCUUCUUGGUCAUAUGGUCAUAUUAAAGCUAACUGCACAGACCACUUAGAUCUCUGAUGUUUCCCUUGUGUACCUGUGAGCCCCCUCUCAGCACAGUGCUAUAGAAGAGCCACCUCUUACUCUGCUUGAAGGCUGUCCUCUAUGGUUUGGGCUGGAACAGCUUACAAAUACCACUAGGAAGGGGCUAAAAGGUGGCAGCCAUUCCUUACGCUGCCUUUGGACUCUAAUUGACUUUUGAGUGCCUUAUCUAUUCUGAGGUCUUACUAUUCUGAUGAAGACAGGUUAACUUAGUUGUCCAAUAGUGUUAGGAUGUAAAUAGAAUAGUAGUAGAUGGUGGGUGCUUCAGAACUAAGCCUUUACCUCAGCAGGUCUGUACCUGGUAUCAAAGUCUAAUUUAGAAAUCAGUUAAACUUUGUGAAUUAAAUAAUUUUUGUUGCAGAACCACUUGCUGCCCAAACUGGUAGCUGUCAUGAUUUAAUCCCAGCCUGCAACAUGCAGCCACUCGCUUACCCUCCAUCUAUGGUGGGAUGAGGAGGAGAAUCAGAAAACAAGGUAAAACCUGUAGGUUGAGAUAACAGUUUAAUAAUUGACAUAAAAUAAUAAUAAAAUAAUAGUAGUAAUAAUUGUGAUCAAAAAGGAGACAACAGAAGGAAAAAGGAGAGAAAUAAAACCUAAGACGUAGAAAUGGUGCACAAAACAAUUGCUCACCACCCACUGACCGAUGCCCAGCCCAUAGUGGUUAUCAGUGGCUCCCAGCCAACCUGAUUCCACUUUACAUACCGAUCACGACAAUCUAUGGUAUGAAUAUCCCUUUGGCUAGUUCAGGUCACCUGCCCUACUUGUGCUCCUUCCAGCUUCUUGUGCCCCUCCUGAGUGGCAGAGCAUGGGAAACUGAAAUGCCCUUGAUCAGUGUAACCACUACUUAGCAACAACUGAAAACAUAGGUUUGUAAUCAACAUUAUUUUCAGACUAAAUCCACAACAUAGCACUGUAACAGCUACUAGGAAGAAAAUUAUCCCAGUCAAAACCAGGACAGUCAUGCAGAAGUAAUUUGAAUUGUGUUUAACUCUUUACUGUUUUGCAUCUUUAGAUAAAGACUACAGUUAUUUCAGAGUGGUCCAAACUCUUUUCAGAGUAAUUACAUAGUUCAUGUUGUAAAAGUUUUUAUAUUUUAGCUUUUUAUUUUCAAUUCUGUUUUUCAGCACUAAAAAAUAAAGGUUCAAAAUUAUUUGGGGAAAUAAAACUUCUUAAUAAAGAUGCUUUGGUACA